CCGAGUCGGGCUUCAGUUCAUGUCCUGGACGUUUCCGGUCAAGUGCUACUCUGUGCGACCGCCGAUCGCUCCUCAAGAUUCCCAGUUCCUGCUUCAAAUCCACCCGGAUUACACUGCAACAACAGACAUCGUGCCGUGGAUGUGAGUUUCUUGUGGCAAGUGAAUAUUCAGUGUUGUGCUGCAAUGUGCCCGCGAGCCCCCCGCCCGUCGGGGUUCGGUCCAUCGUUCUCCCGUAAGAAUCGAUGAUUCGGGUUAUCAAUCCGUGAUUGUAUGUAUGUUUUCGCGUGCGUGAUCGUGAUCUACUAAUAGUGCUGUGAUAUGUGGCCCGUUUGGAUUACAUUCUUAACUGUACAGGAUUACACUUUGGAUACCCAUAAAACCUAUUAAAAGACUGACGCGGUUCACCGUUGACACGCUGACGCGGGGACGAUGCCGAGCAGUGGGAGUUCGGCGGGUCCGACCUCGGUGGAGGACUCCCGUUCGCGGGCCCUCCCCGGGUCCCCGUUCCACUACCUCCGGCGGGAGUCGAGCUCGGCGUUCGUGCCGGUCCUCCCCGGGCGCGGCCUCCACCCGGGCCUCUACCAGCCCGGCGACGACCUCAUGGCCAUCAUGAGCGAGGAGCGCAACGAGCUCGUCAUCCGCGAGGCGGCCGCCCACGCCGCCCACGCCGCUCACGCCGCCGCCGCCAUGCUCCUCCCCCACCGCCCUUCAUCCCUUCUCGACUCCCUCUCGGGCGCCCCGCCGCCCUCCUACCCGCCGGGCCUCUUCCCGCCGCCCCCCAGCUCCGCCAACCCCUCCGGCUCCUCUAGUUUCUCGCCCUUCGGCUCGUCCUCCGGCAUUUUCUCCCCCGGGGCCAACCCCCACUCCCACCUAGAUCGCCGCCUUCUCCGCGCCCCCGGCCGGGCGUCGCGACCCAAGAAACAGUUCAUUUGUAAGUUUUGCAAUCGUCAGUUCACUAAAUCCUAUAAUCUCUUAAUUCACGAACGGACUCAUACCGACGAACGGCCCUACGAGUGCGAUAUCUGUGGUAAAGCUUUUAGGAGACAAGAUCAUCUGAGGGACCAUAGGUACAUUCACUCCAAGGAGAAGCCUUUCAAAUGCCAGGAGUGCGGAAAGGGAUUCUGCCAAGCGCGAACACUGGCCGUGCACCGGAUCCUCCAUCUUGAGGAGUCCCCGCACAAGUGCCCGGUCUGCAACCGGAGCUUCAACCAGCGCUCCAACCUCAAGACGCACUUGCUCACGCACACGGACCACAAGCCGCACGAGUGCAGCGCCUGCGGCAAAGUCUUCCGGCGCAACUGCGACCUGCGGCGCCACGCGCUGACCCACGCCGUGGGCGACGUCCCGCCGGACCUGCUCAACCGGGAGAUCCCCGCCGGGAACGCCCCGGAGAACCUGCAGAAAGAAAAGGGCGCCCUCACGGCCAAAGCGCCCGAGGACUCCCGCAGCAGCUCGGCCGACCGGGAGCGCGAGAGGGCGCUCUUGCUCCACGAGUCCUACAUGCACUAUCGCAAACGAUCUCCUUCGCCAGUUCCUCGGCGGCUCAAGUCCUCGUCCCCGCCGCCUCCCCUUCCGGCCCUCUUCCGCCGCCACUCGCCCUCGCCGGGCCCCGCCGAGUCGCGGGGGCGCCUCUCCCCAGCGCCGGCCCACCGCAACUCUUCUCCGCUGCCGCUCUGCAGGAGGAAGUCGCCUCUCAUGAUGGGCGCCUACCGCUGGCAGUCUCCCUCGCCGGUGCGCAUCAUGAAGAGCCUCCCUUCCCCGGCCGCCCACCUCUUCAAGCGCCAGGUCUCACCCUCGGGAAUUCUCCCGCGGCGCCGCUCGCCCUCUCCUUCGCCGUCGCACUCUCCCUCGCCAUCCUCCUCGCGGGCACCCGACCCCGGAGGAUUCUCCUACUCCAUGCGUCCUCCCGACCCGCCUCCCUCCCAGAUCCAAGUACGACGUGAUCUCCACGCGCCUGGGCCUUCGUCCACCGUCACGUACGAGGGCGCCCUAGAUUUAGGUGUCAUCAGGAAGAAACCGGAACCUGAGGUUAGCAAACCACCGAAAAAGGCGCUCACUCAAUCGGAAAGGAGUUCGGACGAAUGGUCAGAGCCGAGCGGAAGCCAAGCCAGUAGUAGGUGCAGUAGGAGCGAUAGUAGCGGUAGCGGCAGCGGCAGCAGCAGCAGCGGCGGCGGCGGAAGGGCAGAGAGGGCGUCGCCCCCUCCUAGUGCACCGCCCGCCCCCGCCCCAGCCCCUCAGCCGAGACCCCCUGUCAAAAAGCAAGGGUUCAGUAUCGAAGAGAUCAUGCGUCGUUAAACCAUUGCCUUCCUUCCUGCCAAAUUUAGCAACAAAUUCUCUCAUUUUUGUAAUGAUUUUUUAAUAAUUUAUUUUAAGUUCGCCAUACCUUUGCUACCAUAAGAGUCAGAGUUGAGUACAGUUUGAGUGUAUCGAGUUUCAACUACACGCUAAAAGACGGAAGUUACAGAUAUUAAGCGAUUUAAAUUUGAAUUGAAGCCGUGUAAAAGAACCAGACUUAACCGAAUGAAACCAAGAUGCAGGAGGGUGGAUUCGAGAAGAAAAGUUUUGACGUUACACUACUCUCGUGAUAAGAAGCAAGUACGGUUGCUAUUUUUACAUUCAGAAUAUUUUUUUUAAAGGCGAAUCUUUCUGAGGAGCAAAUUAGAGACUUGUAAAGCUCAAAACUGUUCCCAACUCAUUUACCCCAAAUUAAGCUUGGUUCAAUUCAAGUAAUCUUGUUCCUUGGUUUACAAUCAGCUAUGAGGCGUUGAUGACGACUUAUAAAUUCAACGCAUACACUCUUAUAUGAAUUCAUUGCCGUGCUUCCGUUUUCUUGUUGUGUUGAAGUUUGAAGGUAUUUUACCAAAAUUGAAGUUUUUGGACCAAUCUGCGACAACGCUUGUUCUCGGGCGAGAGACUCCAAGGUCUGAUUGCGUAGGAGGAUAGGAGGGGAGGGUGAAGCCACGGUAACCAUCAAUUAAUUAGACUGCCCCAAUUCCUCGAAAUCUAGAUCUGGAAGACCAGCUUCGGGACCUUAAAACGUACCCACACCAGUAACCAUCAAUGAAAUGGGAGGCUAGCGUAUGAAUGAAGGUUAGGCAUACAGCUGAUGGAGAUUGAUCUCGUAACUCUCCUGCCUCUUGCAGCUCAUCAGGGUAUAAUUUCGAGGAAAUGUAUAAGGAGAGGCUUGAAAAUCUGAUCUGAUCUAAUCAAAGUAUCUUAAUCUAAGAGAUUGUUUAAGAUUUUUCGUUCGCUUUGUUGUGAAGCUAUUUUUUCUUCGCAACAAACUCUUCGUUGUAUACGUGCGCUGUAUCAGGGUCUUCGUUUUUUAAUUUGUGAAAUUCGUUGUCACAACUUCAUCAGUUAUUAUUCCGCUUAUAUUCCUUUGUAAAAUAUGAAAUGAAAAGAUAUCUUUGAAAUUUUGAACCGUCGUGAUCGUGCAAUGGAGAUUUUCCUCUGAAGGGCUAGAUGGCCUUGCGUGGCAGAAUAUAGUUGCCCCAAAGUGGGAUUUGGCAUUAUGAUAAUAUUGUAUCGUUGUGUUUUCGUUGGAACUAUACCGUCCAGUUUUGUUUUAAAAACUUGAUCAUUAUCAUAAGUUUUCUUUUUUUGAAAGUCUAUAUUUUUGUUUUUGUUUACUUGUAAACUUCAUGUUUUAAAGAGGCUGUAUUUUAAAAAUAUGUAAGUAUUUUUGUAUAUAUGAAGUGUAAAUGUGCAAUUUUAUGAUGUAAAUAUUUUUGCCAAAUUUUAACGGAUGAGUGAUAUCCUUCUCUUAAUGUAUAUCUCUAAGUAGUGUUAGAAUAGGUAAAAAUGAAGAAAAUGAAAUCCGCUAAGUAAACAUUUUCUCAAUGAUAGGUGUCCUGAGUCGUUAAAAUAGAAAAAAAUAAUAUUGUAACAAUAUUUUCUUUGCAAAAAAAUUCACUCGCGCAGGAAUUAGUAAUUUUUUUUACUGCUUCGGUGCUACCAAUAAUACGAAUCUGUUUCCUUUAUUGUGCGAUGAAAAGAAGACGCAGUACUUUGUGAGCUUCUCUCGUAAAAUAUAUUCAUCGCCAAGACCUGCAAAAUUGACGCUAUGUAUGCAUCUAAAUAUGGAAAAUACACAUCGCACUACUCUCAGACUAUAUCGUGCAGAAAAUUGUUCAAUACGACAAAACGGAUAUUGAUAAAAAAAAAUGUUUCAUUUCAUUUCUGCAAGCUGAUUGACACUGAUUUGUCAUCUGCCGGCAAAAUUAAGAACAUUUUCAUUCCAUUUUCCAUUAUUACAUUAUUAAUUGUGGCUGAAAGAAAGACAUAUCAAUUCCUUAGUUGAAUGAGCAAGCUUGAAAUAUAAUUUUGAAGAGCUUGAGGAAACACAUGUGUGGUAUAUACUGUUAAAAAUACUGGUAUGGAAUCCGAAGCACGUUUCUUUCUGGAGCAUACUAUGCCCUUAGAAAAAUUGAGUGUUAUAAAUAAGGAAUAAAAAAUCUGCCCCCCAAGUGUAAAUUUUACUCCCCAAAAAGAGUAGAUUCCGCUCCACUUUCACUUCGGAUUCCACGUUGAUAUUUCUUCAACAGUGUGACUAAGGCCGUAAUAACUUUGGCACUGUUUCUAAUGUUCACAUGUUAAUUUAUCUCUAGUAUCAUGGCUAAUUAUUUCAAGAAACCUAAAACUUUUUUGCGAUCAACAAUCACCGCACUGGCUGCAAGAAACCAAUUCUAAAAUACAGUCCUGAUCCACGACUGGAGGCAGUGUAAAACCGUAACUUUUUUGAGCAGUAAAUUCAUCCCGCGAAUUCAUCAGAGGAGGAUGAGGAACUACCUAUUCAAGUUCAAGUGCGUCUAUUGUUUUGUUGAACCACACUCCGAUAAUUUGAGGUUGCCAGGCUUUUCUUAGCUGCCAUCAAGUUUUCUUUCAUGAGUAGAUAAAACAAGGAGAAACGAUUAAGUUCUAGACGCCGUUGGCUCUGAACGUAAGUUGAAUCAGUGAGAACGAAAAUACACCAACUCGCUAACUCGAAAAUCCUCAAUUUCUAUUGAAGACAAUUAAUUUACACGAAGGUCAUUAAAGUUGGCACAUCUGUUCCAACUUGGACCUUUCAAGUGUCCAUAAGUACUUGUUUUUCGCCAGAAAAAAACCUUUUUCUAUACUAACUUCUCCACCUACUAUGCAGUUUUGUGUGCGUCUUGAGUAUUUUAAUUUUUCCGAGUUGGUGUGUUUUCGUUCUCACCGAUUCAGUUAUCUUCAGCAAGUUUGAUCAGAUUCCUACAAUUUUGUGUCUAUAAGAGUACUGUCGCAAGUGUUGUUGAUCUGGAAGAAAACAGGUUGAAAAAGUACAUUCUUCAUUUAAAUUUAGCAACUUCGAUUCAUGGAGUGUUCCAUCUCUGACAAAGGAGCAGUCGAAGACUAUUCGCGAUUCCGUUAAGGUAAUUAAAGCCCGUGCCUCAGUUGUCUGAAUAUCGUUGGAAAAGGCAACCUGCUCACUCGACAGGACAAAUCCCACGAGAUUGCUUAUACUUCGCUCGGUGACUCCUUUUUUCAUCCUUUGCAACCGUAUUUUAAUUCCCUGGAAGCAAUCCUCCCCCCCUCUCUCUCGGUUAGGCUUCUGCUCACCCGCUGUUUCGAUCACGGACCACUUCAUACAGAUCAGCUUAAAUCAAAAGCUAGAUCGAUCAGUUGGCCCAUGGCCUUGUUCGUCAUCCUCUUCUGUGAAUCUGUUGCCAAGUUUGAUGAAAAAUCAGACUAACUCAUAAUAUGUGUAAGUGAUUACUCGGAUACUUUUCGAUAAUUUAUGAGGACCCAUCAGUUUUUAUCGAUGGAUUUGAUCAAUUUCGAGAUACUUUGCACAUCGACUGAAAGGUUUUCUUUACCGAUUGUCUCCAUUGAGUGGGCACAUAGCCUUAAUCUCUCAUUUAUUUGUGUUAGUUCUGAUAAAAUAAUUUUAAACUUGAAGCAAAUACGUAAGCAGAUCAAGGAAAAAGAGUAGAAGAUGAAAUUUGUUCCGCAAAUAUAAUCGGUUCAUCAAGCGAUAAGAUAAUCCAACGUAAUAUUGAUUCACUAGUAUAUCGCCAGUAAAUUAUUCAUUAAAUAAGACGUUUUUGAGUACAUAAUUUUACUACUGUAUUUUAAUUACAUUUUGAGUGUGAUGAAUGCAAUCCCUGUAGAUCUGCGUGCAGCUCAAUUAUGUUCUCGAACCCAACUUAAAAUAAUGAACCGUCUCCUCGAAAAGUUUUCUAAAAAAACUAUGCCUAAAAGUAUAUGUAACAAUGUUAUCGAAGAAUAUAAACUUAAACUUUGCACUACCUUGGACUUUCUUAGAGUAUUGGUCAUAUUUAUUGUUUAUUCAACAAAAGGUUCCCGCUCAUUUAUGACGAUCUCUACACUUAAGGCGCGCCCAGUCUUCUAGGACGGCUUCAAAAAAGUUGAUUUACUGUCUCCAAGCGUCAACUUUGGAUUGAAUUUCCACUCUAUUUUCUAAAAUCCGAAUCUCUUAAACCUAAUUCUCUAAUAUUUAAGAUUUUGGAAUUCAUCUCCUCAAUGUGUCCGACUUUUCAGACACUACAGAUGUCGAACGUUAAAUUUCUCAAUUAACUCUCACUGUCAUUACAUUUUCCAAACAGCUGUUGAUAUGCUUUUUCCUGUUAUUUAUGGAUACAUUUCUUAGGUAGGAUAGAAAUAUUUUUAAAAGUCAAUAAUCCUGCCAUAUUCUCACUGUGUUAUAAGAAAAAUACUUAUAUGUUUCUUUUUAUGAAUAAAUUAUUUUUAGAAUUCA